AUGACUUCAGCAGUACAUUCAAAUUCGGCACGCAGCCCACCAGUGGCCUCUCAGAAGCCCUCCGAACCAGAGCUACCAGAUUCCGGGACUCGGACUCAGAUUCAGUGCAAUCCAAGUCCAGCCGGUGGUACUAAUCUCGCCAAAAUUGGACUCGUGCCUUGUGCCCUGUCCGGCCCGACCCUCAAGAAUCAUAAAAUUUGCCAUCUCGACUGGUCUUUGGGUCUGCAAGGGGGGCGAAGAGGGUUGGAUGCACGGUCUACACGAUUCUGUCUGCCGAAGCCGGAGGGAGAGGGAGGAGGGGAAAGUGAGCGUAUGACAGUCAAAUUGGGCAUCGUUCGGAGUGGAACGAAAACAUGUCGUCGCUUUAGAGACCAUCUGCCGGGGAGGACUGGCCCCCGAAGACGAGGCAACAGUCCACCCGAAUGCAUA